AUGGUGGACCAAACUCACGCUACCAACAAAGAUCCCUUCCUCCUGAAUUACAACCCUUCUGAACACCGUAUUGCUUCUGAGUUUUUGGGUACAUGGCUUCCCUACCUUUCCCGAGAUCUCUGCACCAACUGCGCCCAAUCGCUCUCCGAUCGGAUCCGCUCCAUCGACCCUCACCCAGAGGCGAAUUCGAAUUUCGAGACUCCUCGAAUGUCUUGGGCUGAUAUGGCGCAGGAAGAUGAUGAUUUCGAUGAAGUAGUUCAUGAACAAAAGAAUAAAAAAUUUAAUGUUGUGGUGGAUGCUUCAAAUUCAAAUUCAAAUUCUUCAGAAGUAAUCCAAGUUGUUGCUGAGAAGCCUACAUUGCCUAGGGAGCAGAGGGAGUACAUUAGGUUUAUGAACGUGAGGCGUAAGAAGGAUUUCAUAUGUUUUGAGAGGGUUCAUGAGAAGCUCGUUAACAUCCUCGAAGGACUGGAACUCCACAUGGGUAUUUUCAGUGCUGCUGAACAGAAGAGGAUCGUCAGUUACGUUGCUUCACUACAGGAGAUGGGGAGAAAGGGAGAAUUGAGAGAUCGGACAUUCACGGCUCCUCAAAAAUGGAUGAGAGGCAAGGGGCGUGAGACUAUCCAAUUCGGUUGUUGUUACAAUUAUGCAGUGGAUAGAGAUGGUAACCCACCCGGUAUUCUUCCGCGUGUAAUGGUGGACCCCAUACCCGAUCUAUUUAAGGUCAUCAUCCGACGCCUCAUUAAGUGGCAUGUGCUCCCUCCUACUUGUGUGCCAGACAGUUGCAUUGUGAAUAUCUAUGAAGAAGGGGACUGUAUACCUCCACAUAUAGAUAGUCAUGAUUUUCUUCGACCAUUUUGCACUAUCUCAUUUCUUAGUGAGUGCAAUAUAGUUUUUGGAUCAAACAUGAAGAUUGUGGGCCGUGGUGAAUUUGAUGGUUCCUUUACUAUUCCCCUACCUCUCGGAUCUGUACUUGUCUUAAAUGGAAAUGGAGCUGAUGUAGCCAAACACUGUGUACCUGCAGUUCCUAUGAGAAGGAUAUCAAUAACAUUUAGAAGAAUGGAUCCAUCCAAGCGGCCUUUUGGGUAUGUUCCAGAGCCUGAUCUUCAGGGUAUCCAACCAUUGGUCUAUGAAGUUGACAAGGAAAUGAAGUCAAGUGGACCAAGACCAAAUCGUCAUAUGAAGAGGCAUAAAGACAGGAGAGGUGGAAGGACUGAUGCUAUGGGUUAUGCAACUAGAAGUGAUAGAUUCUUGGAGCCUCGGCAGUUGGCUCAAAGUUCACAAAGGCCUGCAAAUAGGUGGAGUAAGGUAAAGCUCGGUAGUUGA